AUGAGAUCUCCUCCCUUGCAGCAGAGCCCAAGCAGCUCGAACCCGGCCGAGGCGCCGCUGCUGGGAUCCCGACCAUAUCCCAACACCCCACCUCAAGAUGCAGAUCGUCAGCAUGCCAGAUCACACGACGUGAGUGAUGCAUCUCACCCAAGCAUCUCCGAGCCGCCGCCGCCAUACGCGCCUGUUCCCGGCAGGUGCGUCAUACUUCCCGCCCGCGAAGCCCGCUGGCGCACUAAAGGCAAGGGCGGUGUGCUGCUCUCGACGCUCGCAGCCACGGUGCUCGUGAGCGAGGGACAGCUGCAGGGUGGUGACGUAGAACUCCUCCAAGCCAUCAACAACGCCGACACAUCCCCCACCGACCCCCUCUCCUCCAUCGCAUUCAGCACCUACAGCACCGUCCACGAGAUCCUCCUCGGCGCCGCCGAGGGGCCCCGCGAGGCCUACCGCCAGCUGCUCAAGGCGAAGGAAGACGCCGCCGCAAAGGAAGCCCAGGCCUACGACUACAACGCCCUGCUGCCCUCCGCCUACGACGACGACCCCGCGCCGUAUGACGACGACCACCACCUCCUCCACACGCCGCCGGCGCCGCCGAGCGUCGUCUCGACGGGCACCACCACGACGGCCGCCACCAGCCGCGUCGUUUUCACGCCUGCCGCCACCGCCACCGUCGUGAGCGGGACGCUGAAGGCCGAUUCGGAUGCCGGCGCGACGGCGACGAUGACGACGGCGAAGGCCGAGGUCAAUCCGUACGCGGCGGUCGCGACGAGCACGGGGAUGGGCGUGGCGCGCAUUGUGGGUGCGGGGCUGAAGGCGCCGGGCGUGUAUACGCGCGGGUUGGCGAGGGGGUUUAAUAAUGUGCCUAGGCUGUACGGGGAUGAGACGGUGAGGGAGGAGGAGAAGAUUGAUGGGGUGGCGUCCGGGUUGGCUGCUGCUGGGAAGGGAUUGGGGUACGGUCUGUAUGAUGGCAUCACCGGGUUUUUCCUGCAGCCGGUGAAGGGUGCGCAGAAAGAGGGGCCGGUGGGCUUCUUGAAGGGAUUUGGCAAGGGUUUGGGCGGUAUCGUUUGCAAACCGGCCGCCGGAGCUCUUGGGGUGCCGGGAUAUGCGUUCACAGGCAUACAAAAGUCGAUUGAAAGAGAGCUUUCACGUCAGGCAAGCCCUGAAGAGUGUUUGGCGGCUGCCGAGAUCUUACAGGGCGAGGACGAGAUGCAGCGCUUGAAUGAUAAGGAGCGGAUGGAAAUAGUGACUGCAUGGCUUGCAAGACGAGGCUGGAAACGAGGCUGUUAUGACCUGAUCAAACCAUCCAUCCCGCAAGCAGCUACGGUCGCAACCUCAACCGCACCACCUAUCAUCAACCAGACCAGCUCAACAUCUUCUACACCAAUACCAGGAGAUGUCAAUGAAGCAAGCCUCUACAACUCCAUUGGCCACGACCCCUUCGCAGUCGAUCAGUGGGUGUAUAGCAACGAAGCACAACACACUGCUUUCCCAUGGGCCCGGGACAGCGCCGAAUGCCAAAAUAUUCCCGCUUUCCUAGACGCUCUCAAUGGAUGGGAAGGAGGUUAUGCCGGGCCAGUGUCUUCCAACAUUGAGAUGACAUAUCCCCUUUCUCUACCCUUGGGAGAGAGCUUCACACACCUUCCUUCGGAAGUUCUCCCUAUAGCGAACGGCGUCGGCUUCGGAAAUGCCACUAUCAUCCACAACGCUCCAAUGGCAUUCGCAGUGGAGGAUGUUGGCACACAUCCCUUCGCCUUCGAGCCAGAGGAUGCCUCCGGCCUCUACGUUGGCCAGAGCUUCCAAGACAUUUGUCCAGAAGUUCUCCCAGAAGCUACGGAAUCGAUCGCCGAUACUAUUCGUCCGACGAACAACCCAGCACAGCAAGUGCAAGCUGAUGGCAGCAUGCAGCGGCAACAAAUGCCCAAGCCUUUCCAGUGCAGCUAUCCUGGAUGCAACUCCAAGGGGUUCAGUAGAAAGUACGAGCUCCAACGACACACGAAGAAGCAUUCCCGCAGCCAACUCUUCCUUUGCCCGGUUGUCGGCUGCCAUUUCCACCAGCUUGCCAACGCUUUCUACCGCCAUGACAAGCUAGGAUGCCACAUGCGGUCUUGCCAUCCUGGCGUUCAGAUCCCACCAGCGGUGCUCCCAGCCCAGGUCGGGGUUCAGGCCAGCAUGACAAGCUCUAUGGGACAGAACGCCCCAGCGAAUAUCAAUAUGCAGGGAUAA